AUGGCCGUAAUCAAGCGAGGCGAUUCUCCCUAUCAUCAAAUUCGUGUUAUCUAUACGCGAGACGCCGCAGGCAAUCUCGUUAGCAUCUUUGGACCCAAGGCAACCCAAGUGGAGGCAGACUGGGCAAUCCACUGGAAGCCGCUCUUCGGCAACAACUCCGGAAAACAGACAGUUCGCUUCUGCGACUCCUCCGUUACCGGCUUCGAAGUCGACAACAGCACAGCAAUCACCUCUGAGCAUCUGGACUCUGGAAAUGCCCCCUUGCCCACGACGCUCGAGAUGUACGAAACCAAGCUUGAAGACGAGACGCAGACCCGUGGCUUGAUCAAGAUCCCUAACUUAUACUUUGGAACACCAGUUCCAACUUCUGUUGUGGAAUGGGUGAUCAAGCUCAUCCUGCGGACCUCUCGCCUCUCCCACUGCAACCUCACAUCCGUUGAGGACGAGAAAGCCCAUAAAUUGGCCGCUGAUAUUACCGAGCUGUUUUCCCACACGCUCAGGAACAUCGCUGAAGGCGACAGAUGGGACUUUGGAGGAAGCAAAUAUUUCGAGGAUCGCAUUCUUCUCUUCACAUCUCGUCGUGCUAGACUUGACCUUGUCCUUCCCGCAUUCCCUUGUAAAUCCACCUCGCUAAACAAGGUCGCCGGCAUCCGCCCAGACAAGGGCGAAGAGCUCGCGCUCAGGGGGCUUUUCGCGUUCGUGAAGGAUGUUGAGAAGAUCUAUCCACCGGGAGCCCGCAUGUUCAUUGCUUCGGACGGACAUGUUUUUAGCGAUUGCAUUGGCGUGGACGAUGAAGUCGUCGAUACAUAUAGCGCACAACUCAUCGAGAUGAAGGACGUCAUCUUUGGCGCGGAGGCACACAAGAUUCAGUUUUUCGGCCUUCCCCAGCUCAUGGCCCUCAAGAGCUCCCAACCACCCCUGACCUACGUCUCCGGGAUUGAGUUGCCCAACUACGUGGAAACGUCCCAUACGGGCGAUGGGUCUUUGUGCCGCAAACUCAUGACCACCGGAUUCGGCAUCGACGGCAGCGCACUGCGCCACAAAAUCGACUCUGGCGAUAGGGCUGCACUAGCUCUAUACCGGGGCUUCUCACGCUUCAUGCUCGAAGACCUGUCCCAUAAUGGCUUCAUGUUGAAACAGUCCAAAUCCAAGCAGAAAAGGAUCGCACCGAAGAUUGCCUUCGAGAUGCUCAAGCGCAACCAAGCCUACUCAAAUCUCUGCGAACUCCUCUUCCCUGCGUACAUCCGUCUUUCUAUCCACGCACAUCUGAACUCGGGGCCAAAAUACGGUGUUGAUUUACUCAGCCGGUUCAACUGUCGUACCACGUCUGACUUGGUAAACUGGGGCCCAGAAGCGGAAGGCACCGACGAUUUGCUGCAUGUACCAACGCCAUGGCACAACUCCAUUGUCAAAAUUCACAACCACGAUGGAUGGCUGCUUGUCAAAGCCAUCCUCGUCAGAGACGCCGAGAAGAGCGGACAAUACACCUCUUCCUGGGUCGAAGGCUCUACUGGAUCUGGAGGCUACUUCUUGCUUACAUCCACCGCGCCAACGCCAGCGCCCGCGCCCGCGCCUCUCGCUCCUGCUGCUGAAGCUCCUACGACCUCACCAACCGCAGAUGAGAAGCUCCGGCACGCAACAGGCUUGAAGCUCGCCACCAACUUUUUUAUUCCGGGACCUCUCAUCCGCCGCCCGACGAUUGGCACACCCAGGACUCCGGGCUCCUUCCUCUUAUCGCCAACCUCGCCAGUCGCGCAGGCCAUGCUGUUCGCGCCCAUGGCGGAGGUCAUGUCCACGAUACCAGAGGCGGAGGAGAUUGUUGCGGAACAUCAUUCAGAGUCCGAGCAUGACAGCUCGGACGAAGGAAGCGAUGCAAAAAGUUCUACGAGCUCGAAUUGA